GGUAUCAGACAAAAGAUUGCAGUUCUUCCAUUAAGAUCAACCGAGAUGCAGUUUGCCAUCACCUUCGCCUUACUUUGCUGCGCAUUCGCCGCUGUUUUGGCAUAUCCGAUGCCCGACGACAUGACCAUGCCACCCACUCCACCACCCAAGUACCCACUCAAUCUUGAGGGAGGAGGCGGUGGCCAGAGAGGCGAUGGAUUUGGCUUUAUGGUCAAGGGACACGAGAAGGUGUGGACCAGCGAGAACGGACGCCACGAGAUUGGGCUAAAUGGAGGAUAUGGCCAGCGCCUUGGAGGACCAUAUGGCAACUCAGAGCCCAGCUGGAGAGUGGGAACCACCUACACCUACAGAUUCCCGAAUUUCUAAACUCCAUAACACUUUUUUGUUUUUAAAAAAACUUCACAAAAUUGUAUUUCCUUAUCUCAAUUGUCAUCCGAGUCCAGCUUUAAAAACCACAUCCACUGCGUAUGCUCAGAUUAUUUCGAAAUAUAUUACCAAAUACCAAACAAC